GACCCGGGGACGGAGGGGGGGGCCGGCGGCGGCGGCGGCGGUGGGGGCGAGAUGAGCGCUGGGCUCCCCCUGGGCACAGAGCCGCCCUGUGAAUGAGCUGAGGCGAGGCCGCCAGCCGGGUGCCCCCCUCCUCCUCCUCCUCCUUCUCCUCCUCCUCCUCCUUGUCCCCGUCCUUCACCGCCGGGAGCGGGAGCGCGGCCCUGCCCGCGGAGCCGGCGCAGACCCCGCCGCCGGGGCGAACUGAAGGAAGGUCAUCAUGGGAGCAUUUUUAGACAAGCCAAAGAUGGAGAAGCAUAAUGCCCAGGGGCAAGGGAACGGGCUCCGUUACGGCCUGAGCAGCAUGCAGGGCUGGCGCGUGGAAAUGGAGGACGCACACACGGCUGUGAUCGGUUUGCCAAACGGACUUGAUGGAUGGUCGUUUUUUGCUGUAUAUGAUGGGCACGCUGGAUCACAGGUUGCCAAGUACUGCUGUGAGCAUUUAUUAGAUCACAUCACGAGCAACCAGGAUUUUAAAGGGCCAGAUGGGCCACCAUCUGUGGAAAGUGUAAAGAGCGGCAUCAGAACAGGUUUUCUGCAAAUUGAUGAACACAUGAGAGUCAUCUCGGAGAAGAAACAUGGCGCAGACAGAAGUGGGUCAACAGCUGUGGGUGUCAUGAUUUCCCCCCAACACACAUACUUCAUCAACUGUGGAGACUCGAGAGGGUUGCUUUGUCGAAACAGGAAGGUUCACUUCUUCACACAGGAUCACAAACCGAGCAAUCCGCUGGAGAAGGAGCGCAUACAGAAUGCAGGUGGCUCCGUAAUGAUUCAGCGUGUGAAUGGCUCCCUUGCUGUUUCAAGGGCACUUGGGGACUUUGAUUACAAAUGUGUCCAUGGGAAAGGUCCUACAGAACAGCUGGUCUCACCCGAGCCUGAAGUCUAUGAAAUCGAGAGAUCAGAAGAAGACGAUCAGUUCAUCAUCCUGGCGUGCGACGGUAUCUGGGAUGUUAUGGGAAAUGAAGAGCUGUGUGACUUUGUAAGAUCCAGACUUGAAGUCACUGAUGACCUUGAGAAAGUUUGCAAUGAGAUAGUUGACACCUGCUUGUACAAGGGAAGUCGAGACAACAUGAGUGUGAUAUUGAUCUGUUUUCCGAAUGCACCAAAGGUAUCGCCAGAGGCGGUGAAAAGAGAGGCAGAGUUGGACAAGUACCUGGAAAGCAGAGUAGAAGAGAUCAUAAAGAAGCAGGGUGAAGGAGUGCCAGACUUAGUCCACGUGAUGCGUACGUUAGCAACUGAGAGCAUCCCAAACCUCCCGCCCGGGGGGGAGUUGGCAAGCAAACGGAGUGUGAUUGAACCCCUACAGGAACGAUGAUGCUGAUUCUGCCUCAACUGAUGAUAUGUGGUAAAACUGCUCAUCUAGCUGUGGAGUUCACGUUUCAUCCUGCAAAUGAAAGUGCAGCCCAACCUCAGUGACCCUUCUUAACAUCCAUCCUCAACCUUAAUU